UGACGUGCGCCGCCGCGUAGGGGCCCGCGGCGCCCGCCCACCCCCGGGAGGCUCGCCCGGGCUGCGGUGAAGAGGACGCUCCGUAGACUCGGCGCCAGCCGGCUCCCUUUCCCCGCUCUGCGACCGCCGCGGCGAACAUGGCCUCAGGAGUGCAAGUUGCCGAUGAAGUAUGUCGCAUUUUUUAUGACAUGAAAGUUCGGAAGUGCUCCACGCCAGAAGAAAUCAAGAAAAGAAAGAAGGCUGUCAUCUUCUGUCUCAGUGCAGAUAAAAAGUGCAUCAUCGUGGAGGAAGGCAAGGAGAUUUUGGUGGGAGAUGUUGGUGUCACCAUAACCGAUCCUUUCAAGCAUUUUGUGGGGAUGCUUCCUGAAAAAGAUUGUCGCUAUGCUCUGUAUGAUGCAAGCUUUGAAACAAAGGAAUCCAGAAAAGAGGAGUUGAUGUUUUUCCUGUGGGCACCAGAACUAGCUCCUCUGAAGAGUAAAAUGAUCUAUGCGAGCUCCAAGGAUGCCAUCAAAAAGAAGUUCCAAGGCAUAAAACACGAAUGUCAAGCAAAUGGGCCAGAAGACCUCAAUCGGGCUUGUAUUGCUGAAAAGCUAGGUGGAUCCCUAAUUGUAGCUUUUGAAGGAUGCCCUGUGUAGACCAUCAUCUGGUGCCACAAAUCGAAAGCUUCCGUGUUUAAUGUUAUCCUCUUGCUAUGUAUAAGUAAAGCAGAUAAUGUUUAGGCUAGGGACUCACUGAAGGGGAGCUGUCUUGUCAUUUGUGGGGGUAAACUAUUCUAUGAACAUGUGCAAAUGGCCCUAAAUAAAUCUACACUCUAAAACUUUAUUGGUGUGAAAUUAACUUCUUACUGGCCAAAUGCCUGUUUGGAUGAGUUGGCUGGUUAUAAACAUUUUUGUUAAAGCUCAUUAUUUUUAAUAUUUAAUAGUGCAGUUCACAAACCAGUAGAAGGCCACAUGAAGAGAAUUACUGUAUCUUUGUUAACCCCAGCAGGUAUUUACUUUUUGCUUUUUUGCUUAGAGAUUUGGUCAUAAUCUGGUUGUAUUUUUGGCCCAAAUGUCUUUAUUCCUUUGAGAUAAAUUGAAUCAUGGAAAGUAGUUCUCCUCACAACAUGUAACAACACUGAAGUACUAACUUGGUGAUUCUACUGGAUGCAUGGUGGAGACCGCCUUGAAGGGUGUAGGCUUCGAACCAGCGCUGGCCUUGCAGGGCACUGUUGCAGCCCAUAGUUGGCAGAGGAAGCCGCUCCCGAGCCUGGGGCCGCUCACGCACAGGUCUGGUCAGGAGGCUGUUCUGAGAGCGGCCUCGCACCCUGGAUUCAGGAGAGUGUGCACCAUCUUAUAACAGCAAAUUGUAAAGCAGAUCUGGGCUCCAGCGUAACCCAGUUUGUUAAUGAAAACGGUGAGGGUGAUGUAUUGACAGACUGCGACUCGGUACUGUCUUUAACUAAUUAUGUCUCCUUCAGAACUCUGUUGCUUCUGCUAUAAUAAAGUAUGGAAGAAUGUUUUUUACUCUAGGGCCCGGGAGAACUUCCUCUCCUAGAGUAGCUUGCAGCUGUACAUGCAGUGGGGAGCAGGUGUGAUGGACAACACGGGAGGCCACGCUGAGCACCCCUAGAAGUGACUGUCCUUCACAUCACAGGCAUAACACUGAACAACCUAGAGAUGCACAAACAGUGGAAUUUAGAAAUAGCAGUACUGGCUUUAUGUAAUAAAGGAAGCAUUUGUAACUUC